AUUAUUUGAUAAUUUUGAGACCUCUACUUUCAUUAUGAGGUAAAUACUUGGUACCUGCUCGGCUGCUCAUCAUGAUCAAUUUUUUGAAGCAUAAAGUUGGUUGCCUAAGGAUGGUUAUUCUUUUUUGUCAUACCCAAUCAGAAGCAAUGCUUUUAUCCAAGCUGCUAGAAUGACGAUAUAUACUUUCUUGACUUGCAAAGAUAGCAGCUGGCGUCUGUUUAGAUACCUAUGCUGUUUGUUUAUACAGAUGAAAUGGUGCAGUUAUUUGAAGUAGAACCAAGUACUUAGUGUCAUGACAGUGUGUGUGGGAUUGAUGCCUUACUUGUACUCGUCUUAUUGCUGCAAGACAAGUUUACCUACCUGGAAGCAAUGUUCAGAGUCGUAUGUUAUGGCCCAAAUAGGCUAAUUCUUUUUUUUAGUCCCUGAAUAGAAAACAUUGCAGUGUCAGUUUUAGUUAAUUCAAUUCAGUGCUUGAAUUUUGGAUCUGUAUGUGUUGAUUGGAGUGGUCUUAUGCUCUUAGUGACUUGCAAAACUAUCCAUGAACAUAGCGCAUGAAACCAUGGCCCUUGAGUUGUUCACCAUGAGGAUUGUUUAAGAUUGAUACAACACAGCACGUAUAUCUAGUCAGGAAUUAAGGUAUAUACACUCUUGCAAUUGUUACACUGUUACUAGUAGACUAGCUACUCGCCCUAGUACCAAUUUCACUUUUAUCCCUUGCAUUGUUACAUAAGGUAUUUCUUCUCACUGAGGCCACCCCAUGCACGCAAAAUGCUAAAGCAAUGUCACCAAGUAACCUUUAUCUUCCACAUCUGCGACCCAAAAAUUUUUAAAGCCUGCAACUGCAACCAUGUCCAAAAUCUCUUCUCAACUCUCUCCAAUCCUAUCAAGAACAUAGUGAAUUUGUGACAACUGACAAGUGAAACCCAAGUCAGAAGUACUGCAAGACCUGAACACCAUGGAAACGCCAAGAAGUUGUAGUUCACCAUGCUUGCUGAUCUUUGUGCUAGCACUGUCCCAUUGCUGCAGCAUCACCACGGCGAGCUGCAGCUUCACCAUAUCCAACUACUGCUCCCAGCCCAUCUGGCCGGGGACGCUCGCCGGCGCGGGCACGCCGCAGCUGCCGACGACGGGGUUCAGGCUCGAUCCGGGGCAGACCGUGCAGGUCCCGGCGCCGGCGGGGUGGUCCGGCCGGUUAUGGGCGCGCACGGGCUGCGCGUUCGACGCCGGCGGCCAGGGCGCGUGCCAGACCGGCGACUGCGGCGGGCGCAUGGAGUGUGCGGGCACCGGCGCCACGCCGCCGGCGACGCUGUUCGAGGUCACGCUGGGGAAGGCCGCCGGCGACCUGGACUACUACGAUGUCAGCCUCGUCGACGGGUACAACCUGCCCGUCGUCGCCGUCCCGCGGGCGCGGCAGGGCGCCGCCGGCGGCUGCAACGCCACCGGCUGCAUGGCCGACCUCAACCGCUCGUGCCCCAAGGAGCUGCAGGUGGACCGCGGCGGCGGCACGGUGGCGUGCCGGAGCGCGUGCGAGGCGUUCGGGCAGGACCAGUACUGCUGCAGCGGCGCCUACGCGACGCCGACGACGUGCCGACCGACGGCGUACUCGUCCGUCUUCAAGACGGCGUGCCCGCGCGCGUACAGCUACGCCUACGACGACGGCUCCAGCACCUUCACCUGCGGCAACGCCGCCGACUACACCGUCGCCUUCUGCCUCCCUCCCUCCGGGUUGCAGAGUCCCGGCGCCGUUCCCCUAGGAUCGCCGCCGGCCUAUGGACAGAGCACUAGCGGUGGCACCAGCGGCGCUGCUGGCAGCACGCCGCCUCCUGCUACUGACGACAAUGGCGUCGGGAGCACCAACCCGCCGCCACCUACUACUGACAACAAUGGCGUCGGUAGCACCAACCCGUCGCCUCCUACUCCUAGUACUGACAACAAUGGCGUUGGAUGCACCGGUCAGCCGCCUCCGGCCGCCAGCAACGGUGCUGGAACUGGAAGCACCUAUCAGCCGCCGUGGAUGACGCUGUCGUCAGCCAGCACGAUACACGACCAGCUGUGGCUCCUGCUGCCUGCAGUGCUCUUGUUCCUCCUCUGGUCAUUCUCGCCAUGAACGUAGUCAGGGCGUCAGGCACAGGUCUUGUAGGAUUCACUGACAGUAGUUCCGUGGACUCCGCAUGUGUAGCACUAGCAGUGAUAAAAUCCACCAUAGUCAAUCGAGAUGGAAACAUGUACAGAUUGAAUUAGCUUAUGUAGAAUCUGGACAAUAAACUUAAAAAUAAUAAUAUGGAUAAUAAAAACACAUUGUUCGUUUCUCCAUGAA